AUGAGGUCUACCACGUGGAAUAAAUUAUUUCGCGGGAAAUCGAAUUUGACAAUGGAGGAAAAAGUACCAAGCGAAUACAAGUUGGGUUCUCUGAUUAUCGAAGGUAAAACAAAGAGGGUCUACAACCUUGACAGCCACUCUGGACAUGUUUUGCUGGAAUCCAAAGACAAGAUCACAGCAGGUGAUGGUGACCGGGCACAUGACAUGAAGGGGAAGGCUGCCAUCUCCACAUCAACUACAUCAGCCAUCUUCUCUCUUCUGAAAGAUGUUGGAAUAAAGUCUCAUUUCAUCCAACAAGUUAGCCAAACAGCCAUACUUGCAAGAAAAUGUGAAAUGAUUCCAAUUGAAUGGGUAACCAGAAGAGUAGCAACUGGUUCCUUUCUCAAAAGAAAUGUAGGUGUGAAAGAAGGCUAUAGGUUCUGCCCUCCAAAGCAAGAAACUUUUUUCAAGGAUGAUGCUAACCAUGAUCCUCAGUGGUCAUUUGAACAGUGUGUAGAAGCACAGUUGAAGAUGGGAGGUAUUCUGAUUGGUCCAGAUGAACUAGAUAUAAUGAGAAAGACCACAGUUACUGUGUUUGAGGUCCUAGAGAAAUGUUGGGCUUCAUUGGACUGUAGCUUGAUUGAUAUGAAAAUAGAGUUUGGAAUUGAUUCUCAAACAGGUGAGAUUCUGGUGUCGGAUGUAAUUGACAGUGAUUCUUGGAGGUUAUGGCCAUCUGGUGACAAAAGACUAAUGAAAGACAAACAAGUGUACCGUAACCUUGACAUUGUCACACAGGAAGCACUUGACACAGUGAAGCGCAACUUUGAAUGGGUGGCUGACAAAGUAACAUUAUUAAAUAGAAAACCUAGAGCAAGAGCAGUUGUUAUUAUGGGUUCUGCAACAGAUAUGGCACAUUGUGAAAAGAUAAAGACAGCUUGUACCAAAUAUGGUGUACCAUGUGAAUUGAGAGUGUCGUCUGCUCACAAAGGAACUGAUGCUACCAUGUCAAUAUUGGCUGAAUAUGAAGGAGAGGGAAUUCCAACAGUGUUUAUAGCAGUAGCAGGUAGAAGUAACGGUUUAGGACCAGUAUUAUCUGGUAAUGCUGUGUGGCCUGUAAUCAACUGUCCACCAUUGUCACCAGAUUGGGGAUCACAGGACGUAUGGUCAUCUUUACGACUGCCAUCAGGAUUAGGUUGUAGUACUGUUAUGUCACCUGAAGCAGCAGCUUUAAUGGCUGCCCAAACUCUAUCUCUGAAUGAGCAUGUCAUCUGGAGCAAACUUAGAGCCACACAACUCAAUACAUGGACGGGGUUGAAGUAUGCCGAUAAAAAAGUGAGGGACCAAGCUGUAGCUGUGAAUGGUGUAAAUGGACACUGAUGGUAGGCGUGGUCUGAAAAAAACCUUGCAUGAUAUUUGCAUAAUAAUUGUCAAUGAUCUCAGGGUUGUGAUUUGUCAAAAAUAUAUUAGCUGUAUCUUAGAUUUUACUGUUAAAGACCAAUCAUGACGAUUUUUCAAGAAUUCCCAUCACACAAUUAUCGCUUGUUUAAUUCUAUUAAUAUUUGGAUAAUCAUGGUGCCAUAUUUGACUUGAAGAGUUUAUAAUACAUAGUGCUGAUUGUUAAUACAUCAGAUUUUGAAGUUUGUAUUUUGUUAAUUUUUUUCUAUGAAUAGAUAUAUGCAAAUUUAUGUAUUUUGUAAUUUUGCCAAUAAAAAGAUAUUAAAAUUCCAUAAA